AAUUGUUGAUUUUUUAUCUUAAAUAAAAUAAAAUUAUUUUCACCGUAAAAGAUAAAUGUUAAAAGGCAUUUUUUGUGAAUAAAUUCGAUUACAUAAUAAAUUUAGAAGUUCUACAUAACUCUAAUUCGUGAAGGUUUUCGAAUUUGUUUAUGGACAACAAAAAAAUCAAAACAAUAAUGAAUUCUUCAUUCAAGGGAAGGUUUUUCCCUAAUGAAUGUUACAUUUGCAAAUCGAGGGAAAAUUUAAGAAGAUGUUUUUGCAACAUGAUUUCCUAUUGCUCCAAGGAACAUCGAUUAAAACAUUUACCAGUUCACGAGACAUUCUGCAAAACAGUUCAAAAAGUAUUAAAAGAAAAAAAAAUAUCGCACAUUAAUGAAAAGUUUAUUGCUGGAGAAAAACUUUGGAAGGAAACCUCAGAAGAUAUCAUUGAAUUUGAAAAAAAAUUAGAAAGAUGUAUGACUCCUUUGGAACUAUCAAUGUGGAUUCGUCCCCGAGUCUGUUUCGCUUGUAAUAAUUCUAAAGGUUAUUUAAAAAACUGUACAGAUUGUCCAAUUGCAAGUUUUUGCUCUCUUCACAAUUACAAUGAUGCAGGGCAUUAUCGAACUUGCCAAUUGAUGAAUAGAUAUUUAAAAACAUUAUCGGUAGCAGAGGAAUUAGAUAUUGAUAUGCAAUUUUUACCCUCGUGUUUCCCUUAUAUUACAGAAGAGAGAUUUGAAUUUUUAGAUCCACUCACUUAUACGGGUUAUAAUGAAUGUUAUGAGUCACAAUAUACUGAGUCGAUAUCAACGAAAGACGAAUUAAUAAAUUUUAUUAACAUUGUUACAAAAUUGAUAGUUGCUUUAGGAAAGAUAUACGAUGACACAGUUCCAGAUGAAAUUGUCCUUCAUAUCGAUUCAUUUACCAAUGACCAUGCAAUUAUAAACGCAAAUUAUUGGGAAUUCUUUUUGCAUGUUAAUCCGGUAAGGAAUUUAAAAAUUGUCAUCACUGGAAACAAGAUAUUAAAAUCCAAUUUGGAGAAUUAUUCCCUUUGUGAAAAUUGUGUUUCUUCGGAGAGAACAUUGUCUGUUGAAAAGUGUACCUUAACCUACGAAGAUUAUAUGUUACAAGACAAUUAUCAAGUACCGGAUGUUCUUUUUUAUUUCAGAAUUGAAUAUGACCGGAAUUUUGAAAAAGCCAAUAAAUGGAAUGAAAUUGGUUGCCCCGUUAUUUCAUUGAUGGUUUCAAAUUCUAUAAUUUCAGCUGAACAGCCGUAUUUUCUUUUGUUUUUGAUUGCAAAUUUUCGAAUUAUUUUCAAUGGAGAAAUUGAAACAUUUUUUGAUGAUGUUGAUGAAAUUAAAAGAGACAAUUAUUUCAUAAUUUUUCGAUCAAAGAGUAUUAAAAAACAAGAAAUAUCACCUGCGGAUAAUUCCAGCGAGAAUGACGACACGAGUUUAAAUUCAACAAAAGAUGAUUCAAUAUUAAUUGAGAAUAAUAAUGAAAAAGUAUGUGAAGAAAAAAUUGCAGAAGAUAAUUCCAGUAAUAAGGGAGCUCCAGCAAGUGAAAUUGAAAAACAAAAUCUCAAAACUAUUUCACCUUCUUCGUCUUUUUCUUCUUUUACAAUUGUAUCAGAACACGAAGAAGGAGAUAAUAAUGUUGAGAAAAAUGUAAAUGAUAAUAACUCGAAAGCAGAUGAUGAUUUAGAAUCUCAUUGUAAAGAGAACGAGACUCUUUCUAAAGAUAACGAGUCUCUAUUUACAGAGAAUUCGUCUCUUAAAACUGAGAACGAAAAAUUACAACAUAAAUUAAGUUCAUCACUCGAUGAAGUGGCAAAAUUACAACAAAAAUUGAAUUCAUCGACCGAUGAAGUGGCAAAAUUACAACAAGAAUUGAAUUCAUCGACCAAUGAAGUGAAAAAACUACAACAAGAAUUGAAUUCGUCGACCAAUGAAGUGACAAAACUACAACAAGAAUUGAAUUCGUCGACCGAUGAAGUGGCGAAACUGCAGAAAAAAAUUGUGAAAUUUGAGAAAAAUGGUUUUCAAUUAAAUGAGAAGAUUCAAUCGAUAGACGAAAUUGUGCAAAAAUUGAAGAUGGAGACGUCGCUUCAGAUUGAAAACGAAAAUUCUUAAAAUUGGUUAAAAAAAAUACUUAUUAGAGUCAACACGAAAAUUUUUGUUUUUAAAUUUAAACUAAAAUUUCUUUUCAAUUACAAUUUAACCUACAAUGUAAUACUUAUUAUUUUUCUACAUGUUAACGAUUAUUAUGGUUUCGUAGAAAUAAUUAAACAUACGAAAGGUAAUGUAAUUAUAUCUUUAUAAAAUAUAAUUAAAAA